AUGACCCCGGACGAGGGCGAGAAAUUCUUCCUCGACUACUGGCACUUUGCCGAUACAGCAUCUGCCAACACCACAAGCCCUACGGACCAACCCUCAGGCUCCACUGAAAAAAAGCAAACAGACCUCCAACCCCGAGUCAACACCUACAGCCCAGCCGUCCCGCAGACACCCCAAGGCAGAAGCCUUCUAUCGUCGAUAUUUCGGCGCGACUUCCAGUGUCCAGGGGAUACGCACGCCUGCACCGCGAUCAACCGUCCCGGGAGCUGCUGCGGCGCGGGCGAAACGUGCCAGUUGGUCGCGGACACGGGGUCCGGGGAUGUCGGGUGUUGUCCGCAGGGUCAGAGCUGUUCUGGGUCUGUGGGGAGCUGUCAAGCGGGGUAUACGCAGUGUGCGGCGGCGUUGGGGGGCGGGUGUUGUAUUCCGGGGCGCACGGGUGUACACGGUGACAAUCACCAUGCAUUCAACGGUAGUGACGUCCACCAUCACCGCUACAACACCCACAUCCAACCCAACAAGCGCGACCAGCACGACGAGUACGACCAGUCGCACCUCUACAUCUACGUCCACAUCCACAGGUGA